AGUAUCCUCUGGACCCUGUCGGUACCCUGACAUCGACUCUCCAUCCGUCCGCGCCGGUCCUAAACGAACGCUAAAUAUCAACACCGGGUGUGUCUCGAUCUCGCCAUGAUUAGACCCUUAGCGGAAGACAAUGUCGGAGGAUCCGACGACCUCCCUGCAUACGACGAUCGGUUCGCAUAUCCGGAAACCACUUUUCGGGUGGAUUUGCAGGAAAGCUUGGCAAGCAGCUCCCUCACGACCGCUCCACCAACACCUAAUACGCAUCGGCGCACCGAAAUGAUGGCUGUGCCUCUCCAGGACAACCAGACUGUCCAGUAUGGACAGGGCCAGCUCGUCGUGCCGCCAGUGAUAACAACCGUCCCUGACCUUCUCACCGACGAGAUGAUCAAGUUUGUCCUGACCCGCAAGCUCCGCGAUUCCUGGUGGGGCCUCACCGAUACUUCAGCAGUUCAAAAGAGUGAAGUCUCUCGAGUACUGCCCUACUCGUGUCUCUACGUCGUUGUGGAAUCGCUCGUGGAGGAGCGAAAUCUCGAGGAGAAGGUUCAGCCCAACUCCAAGCGGCACACGGAUUGGGAUCCCCGCAUCCGAGCCUCCAACAACGAGCGACCCCCUGGAAUCAUGACCCAGUCGCUUUGGAAUGGGCGAGUCAAUUUCAACGGCAGUGAUUUUCAGCAGACCGAGGACACCAAUGCCCUAUGGGACAGCACUGGUCAUGAGGCUGCGGCUGGAUGGACCACAGGGGAGCAUCGCAAGGACAUUCCCGAGACGUUGAUUACGUCGAUAUGCGGCACCUGCGCAGGAGCUGGAUCCAAGCCCUGCGCCGGCUGCCGCACCACCGGGCGGACCUCAUGUUUGAGCUGCAAAGGAACUGGUGCCCAAACCGAAUCCUCCAAAGACAGCACCAAAACAGAGCCAUGCUCAAAUUGCCGCGGAAGUGGUCGGGCACGGUGUCAGGAAUGCGGAGGGAUCGGACGAAAGGACUGUUCCACUUGCGACGGCCACGGCUCCGUUACCAGCCACCUGGUCAUCAAAUCCAGACGGGCCGUGGAUUCGGCAAAAGGCAUUGUGCUAUUGAAGGAGACGGCACCCCCCGGCGGCAGCAACCAUGUUUCGACACACGUAUGCAGCGUGUCGAUUCCAAAGUUUCCUCGUGCUUUGGUGGACGGCUACGAGAGCAAACGGAUUCUCUUCCAAGAUGCCGUAUCCAAUGGCUUUCGACUGCGACCCCCGCAUCUGCUGUUUGCAGAGGCCGGAAGCGGCGUGCAGGCCGACCUGUCCGAUCUGGCCGAGACGAUCCGCCGUUGCAUCAGCGAACAUCGAGGCCGAGCCCGUGACGAGGAUGGCCGAUGGCCGAGCGAAUCCGAUGCCCGUCUCGUCAGCCAACGCAUGUCGAUCUUUGGGCUGGACGUCUACGAGGUCGUGUGCACGUCCCAGCGCGAAAGCCAUAUCGGAUAUAUCUGCGGUCAGGGAAAGCUCGAGGCCUUUGAAGGUCACAUCGAACUACCGGGUCAGGCGAUGGCCGUGGUCCGUGGCAUCGCCGGCGCCGUUGGGAGCGGCAUCUGGAGUCUCGGAGGCGCGGUAUCAUCGCUCUUUGGUGCAGGUCGACAGCCGUCGCAAAGCGACUCUUCCUCCAGCUGGAGCGAAGUCAGCGCGACGUCGGCAGAGGAAAAGGGCCAAGGGCCGCCUGGGUGGGACGAUCUUAAGCGCCUUCCCUCGUAGCGGAGGCGGUCAAAACAUCACCAUCACCAUCGCCGUCGCUGUCGUUGUCGUUGUCGCUGCUGUUGUGGGUGGUUUGAAAGUCUGGGCGAUUGUUUUGUUGUUGGUCAUGAAUGCACAUCACUCGAGAGAAUGUCUACCGUUGCGGCUCGGGAACCAUGAUCGAGAUAUCCACACGGGCAGGGGCACUGCAUAUUCUUGAGCCCACCAUGCAUGCCAUUGCGGGGCACCACGAUGCAUCCAUCCCCGGUCGCU